UUGAGAGGGCUGCUCAGAACGACACCGACUCUGUCGCGUGUCCUUAAUCGCGCCGUUUUGUCUGUGUCCGGCUCGCAAGCGUCCGAAUUUCUCAAUGGGAUACUUGCUACCCAUGUCUCCGGCCGUCCACACUAUGCAGCGCUCUUACAUGCUCAGGGACGUGUCAUUCAUGAUGUUUUCAUAUACAGGCAUGAAUCACCCAAAACCGAGUAUCUUAUCGAGUAUGACGCGAGCCCCUCCGAAGCGUCGGAGCUCGUCGCCCUGCUGAAGCGAUAUGUUUUACGUGCCAAAGUACGCGUACGAGAUGUAUCCUCUGAAUGGGAUGUUUGGGCUCGCUGGGGCGGUGAGGUAAGUGAGACGAGGAGUUGGGAGUUUGCAAAGAGCGGUAGUAUCGAACCAUCAUGGGCUGUCACCCAAGGAGAGUGGCCGUGGGGGUCCGAUUAUGAUGCGCUGAACGACCGACGCGCCCCUGGUAUGGGUCGACGGAUGCUUGUGGUCAAGGACUCCAAACCCCAGGACGCUUCCACCCAUGACAUUGUUUCUUCCGGCGAGUAUACCCUCCAUCGGAUAUUACAUGGCGUGCCAGAAGGGAGUGCAGAGAUCCAGCCUAUGCAUGCCUUCCCAAUGGAAUCAAAUAUGGACAUUAUGGGAGGACUUGACUUCCGGAAAGGUUGUUAUAUUGGACAGGAGUUGACUGUCCGUACUUAUCACACUGGUGUGGUGCGAAAGCGCAUACUACCUGUGGUAUUGUAUCCUGAGGGAUUGGCAAGGUCACUCUUUCUCCCCCGCCUCCCCACAGGUCUCUCCAUCACGCCCUCUGCUAAAUCUCGGACAGACGUUCCUGAGGGAACCCGAGUGCCGCGUCCUCGAGGGCACGGGACACUACUUUCAAGCUUGACGACACAAGACACUGCUCUUGGUCUGGCACUGCUAAGACUUGAACACGUCCAGGCCGCUGAAAGAGGUGACAUUGAGCUUCUUCUGGACGGGCCAGUGGUUGAAGGGGUUGGCGAAAUCUCAGUGAACCAUUGGUGGCCUGACUGGUGGCCGACACAG